UUCAGCCAACGGUUAAAAAACCGAAGCCACCCAAGAUGGAAGGAAGAAGGCCACCUGUGUAUAGUCCAAAAUCUAGAACUGAUGUUAGUAGUGAAAGUGGUGGCAGAACGGAUAGUGGGCGGCUGCGAGGAGAUGGAGGCGGCGGAGGCAGCAGUGACGAAGAUGCAACGUCUAAAGAUCUUCGACAACGUCUUCAAGAAGAGGCCUCGCUUUAUAAGAAACGCCUCGACACGUAUAGGCAAGCUCAACAAAACCAAGCAGCGCUUGUUAGCAGGUUACAGGCAAAGGUACUGCAAUAUAAGAAAAGAUGCUCCGAUCUGGAAGCACAAAUGGUCCAAAAUCCAAUAUACCUCGACCAACCAUCUCAACCUUCAUCUCUGCCAGUAUAUCCCAUGACUCAUACUCCUAGUUCGGCAAUCGAACAAGCUCAACAACACCUCAGGGAAAUCAGAGAGGAAAGAAUCACCGAUUUAGAGACUGCCUUGCUUAGGUUGCAGGAAGAACAAAGAAAGUCAGAACGAUUAAUGCAGUUAAACGCAUCAUUAAGAGAACAAUUAGAAGAAUCUCAUAGUACCAAUGAAGCCUUAACAGCUGAUCUACAAAAACUUACAAACGACUGGGAAAACCUUCGCGAAGAAAUGAUUAUAAAAGAAGACGAGUGGAAAGAUGAAGAACAGGCUUUCAACGACUAUUACAGUACAGAACACAAUAGACUUCUCAAUCUUUGGAGAGAUGUCGUUUCAGUUAAAAGAUUGUUCACAGAUAUUCAGACGAGUACUGAAAGAGACUUGAACAAGAUUAAAUUCGACGUUUCUGGAAUUACAAAAGAAAUGAUUAUGGCGUGUAGCAGGAUGGAUAGUAAUUUGUUCACUGAAAAUAUUUUUGGGGGUAAAGAAAAACAACAACUCGAACAGGAAGUAACGGAACUUCGAUCUCAACUAGAUUCUCUCAAACUUCAUUUAGAUACUCGUCAAAAUGAAUUGCAAAUGAAAGAUGAUAAAAUUCAACAUUUAGAGAGAGACCUACAUACACUUAAAGAAAGAUGUGCUGAUGCAGAACACAGUUGUGGACAAGUGGUAAAAAUGCAAGAUGAAAUCGACAUUUUGCAAGGAGCACUCAGGGAUAUUGCUCAUGCUUUAAUUCAAGAUGCCGAGAGCAAAGAUUUAGAGAUGCUUCAAUCGACGCAUCUUCAUCUCAGCGCAGGAACUCCAAUACCUCAAAAAUCGCCAAAAAGAUCGGCUCGCAGUAUGACUUCCCCAGCAGCAUUUGCUGAGAGUACGAUAUCAGCUGUGCAAGCCGCUCUUCAUAAAUAUCAAUCAUUUAUUCAUGAACUACAGGUCAAGCUCCAGUCUAAUAAGGAGCAACUUUUGUUAGUUCGCAAACAAUACGAGAAUUCCGAAAACAACGUCGCCGCUUUAGAGAAGCGUGUCAAGGAACAAGUGGCUCAACUCGAUACUUGUCGUGCUCAAUGCUCACAACUGGCUCAAGACAGAGAUCUCAUUCAGAAAAAUUUGGAAGCACUCAAAUCCGAGAAAAAUCAACUAGACAAAAAUCGAAUAGAAGUAAAUGCCAUUGUCGAAUCUCUCCAACAAGACUACGAGAGAUUGCAAAAAUCGACCAAUAAAUUACAAAAAGAAUUCGACAGUUUACAAGAUGAGAAGAUAUUUAUGCAGUCUGAGAUUGAUAGAUUGAAUCAAGAAGCCGAUUUAAGAGAAAUCACUUUAAGAGGCGAAGAAGAUCGGUGCAGUAGAAUGAGAGAGGAGUUACUAAAUAUCAGAGAAGAACUGCAUAAAUCUUAUUUGUCGUACGAUAUGCUAGAAGCUCAAAAAUUGGAAUCUGAUAAUAUGAUAGCCAGCCUUGAAAAAGUCAAAGCUGAUUAUGAAAUGCAGCUCGACAAAGUCUUGGGAGAAAGUACAGACGUCCACGACUCUUUGGCUAAAAAAGAUGCUAUAGCGACUAAUCUAGAAUUGGACAAAAAGAAACUACUUGAAGAUAUUAAAAAGUUAGAUGAGGACAAGAAAGCUCUACAACAUCAGUGCAAUGAUCAACAAAGUGAUAUUCAAUCACUAAGAAAAGAAUUACUUCAAGCUGAACAACAGAAAUUGGACAUCGAAUCCGAUAAAGUAUCACUUUCAGAAAAAUGUAAAUUUUUAGAAAUCGACAAAGGAAAGAUUGAAAUAGAGCUGAACCAAGUAACAAGAGAAAGAAAUGAUCUCAGCAAUCAGCUAAGUUUACUAGGUAGAAAAAGAGAUGCGCUCAAUGAAGAACUAGUCAGAUGUCGACAGCGAUUGGAACAAGCCAACGAAACCAACGCCAGAAUCAAUCGAAAUUUAGAAGACUUGGUUAAAGAGUGUGAAGAAAAACAGUGCAAUAUUGACGCGAUGGACAAAGAAUUACAGCGAUUACAAGAAAUGUUGGCAUCGAUUAGAACAGAAAAAGAAACUCUAGAAGCAGUCCUUUUUGAUACGCAAACCAAUCUCGAAGCUACCGAAGACAAAAAAACACAACUAGAAAAAGAACAACAGGACUUGCUGGUAAAACAAGAAAAACUUAAAGCUCAAGUAGCUAAACUAACUAAAGACUUAGAACGAUCCGAAAAGAAGUUUAUAGAAGUUAAAACCAGUAUGACACACUCUGCGGGAAAUAAAGAAGUUGAAUUUAAACAGACUCUGGAUAAAUUGAAGCAACAGAAUGAAGAUAAUGUCAAAAAAUUGACGGAAGAACGGGAACAAAUUAGAAGUUCUUUGGAAAAGAGAUUGCAGCAAUCGUUACAUAAGCUAGGAGGUGAAAAAGAUGCAGAGAUUCACCAAUUGGUGGAGAGGAUAGAAAAUUUACAAAAUCAUAUCGAAAAUUUGUGUCAGCAACACGAAGAACUAAUGUUAAGAGCUGAAAAUGAUAAACAACAAGCUUUAUUAAUCGCUCAUCAUGAUCACCAGGCCUUGCAUGACCGGUUAGACACCACACGAAGAGAGCUUGAAGACGAAAGGGAUUGUGUAGAAAGAUUAAAAAGAGAGGCAAACAGCCGCUUCGAACAAGACAGAGCCAACAUAAAUAAGUUAAAAGAGGAAUUAAGCAAAUGCAAGACCAAAUUAGAUGAAACUAAAGCUAGAAACGAGGAGGACUUACACAAAUUAGAACAGAGAAUCGAAGAGACAAAAACCGAACGUGAUAAUUGCCAAAGCGAGGUGGAAAAUUUGAAAAUACAGUUGCAGUUAACUGAAAAUAAAGCUGAAAGUGUUGGUAAUCAAUUACAUGAAACUAUUAGAAAAUUAAAAGAAGCUGAAAAUAAUUCGGAAUCUCUUAGAAAAGAGCUAACAGAUACGAGACGACUUUUAACGGACGGCAACUUCGAGAAAGAGAAGUAUCAUAACACCAACAAAGAGCUCAGAGAUCACAUCAAGAAGACCGAAAGUGAAAAAAGGGAACAGGCUAGACAACUUGAAGAUGCUUACAAGAAUAUAUCAAAUCUCGAAGAUAUCAAGGUGAAUUUGGAAAACGAGAGAAAUCGUUUACAAAACCAAAUAAGAAGUUUAGAGACUGAACAAUUGCAGAUCGAACAUAAAGUACAGACUAUCCAAGACGAACUCCAACGCACCCAGGCGAAUAGUAGCCAACAACAAACUGAAGAAAAGGAACUACAAGCUCGGUUGCUUAAUGAAGUAGAGGAAAGGGAGAGAGCUCAUCAGGAAGUACAUCAGUUGAGAAAGCAGAUUUCAGAAUUGGAAAGAAACCUGGAACAAACUCGUACAGAAUUAAACAAAACAAGAUCACAUUAUUCCCAAUUGGAAGAGCAGUGGCACGCUAGGGAACAAGAUCUUCUAGUACAUUUAGAAGACAGUAAAUCGAAAGAAAAAAGACUGGAAGACCAAAAACACAAUUUAGAAGUCUGUCUAGUGGACGCUACACAACAAAUACAAGAAUUAAAGGCUAAACUUGGAGGUGCCGAAGGUAGAGUGCGAGCUCUAGAAAAUCAACUGGUUCACCUAGAUUCGUCAAAAAGAGAUGUAGAACAAAAAUUAAGUAGUGUUAUUUCAACACUUCGCAGAAUAGCAGGAGUACAAUUAGAUGGAACCGUUACGAUGCCUUACAGAUUAUUAAGUCCAUCUCGAAGAUGGAGUCCCGCACGAAGUGGUUACGACGAUGGUAGGGAUGGAACAAUAGAUAUCGAUCCAGAGGUUGUAAGAAAAGGUGUAAGAAAUUUAAUGCAACAAGUCGCCCAAAUCGAGAGAGAAAGGGAUGAUUAUAAAAUGCAAGUUCAGACGACGAAGAAACAACUAAAUGAGGCGCAAGAGGGGUUAAAUAAAGGAGAUAACAAGCUGACCAAAGUGCUACAAAGUGUCCGAGCAUUACAAGAUGAAAAGUGUAAUCUAGAGGCGAAACUUGGUCAGAAAAGCGUAGAACUUCAAGCUCAGACUCAAGCAUUUGAGAAGAAAAAAGAAGAGGCAAAGCAAAUGAGAGAAAAAGUUGUAUCUUUGGAACUUAGCUUAAGUAGCAGCAAUGAACAAAAGUUACAAUAUGAGGAUAAACUGGAUAAAAUGAAGGUAGCUCUGGAUAGAUUAGAAGCAGAAAAAAGAAGUCUUCAAGAAGAAUUAAACAGAAUCGAGAACCGAUCGACUAAAUUAGAACUGCAAAGAAUGUCUGCUGAAGGCGAUCUUCAAAGACUGCAGAUGAUGCUACAGGAGAAAGAUUCAAAUAUUCAAAAAUUACAAGAGAAAUGUGAUCGUCAAAGUCGUUCCAUUGCAAGUCUAGAAGAAAGGUGUGCGUCACUGAAAUCUACAAUAGAUCAAAUGACAGUUUCAUUGGAAAAAGCUUCGGGAUGCGAAUCGGAACUAAAAUCGGAUAUUCAAAGCUUACAAAAAGCUUUAAUGGAUACCACAUCAGCAUCGCACACAGGAGCAGAGCGACUCAAACAGUUACAAAAACAACUAGCGAAUAGUGAAAACGAACGUCGUGUUAUCACAGAAAGGUUCGAAACAACUCAACAAAACUUGGCAGAAAUGAGGCGUAACAAUCAAAUUCUACAAGACCAAGUAGCUAGGUUAAAUAAUGAACUUGCCAACAAUGAAGUGCAACGUGCUGGUUUGGAGUCUCAAUUGAGACUAUCCCAGUGGCCUUCAGAUACUGGAUUAACGUCACAUCAUGAAGAAGAAAUGAAAACGCAACUUCAUUCAGUACAAAGAGAAAGAAACGAGUUGAGAGGAAAAAUUGAAUCAUUAAAUAAUAAGGUAAGACAAAUGGAAAACGAAAAUCGUAAUUUAGAAAGACAAGUAUCAAAAGUACCAUCAACGAUACGAAGCAAAUCGUAUGAACGGGAACCGCCGGAAAAAUACGAAUCAGAAUCUUUUGCUAGCGAAAAUAGAGACAUGAGACUCCGGAUUUCCCAAUUAGAAGCCGAAUUGGCCGAAAAAGAAGCGGAAAUUCACAGACUGAGAAAUCAGAGGCAAACAUUGGAUUCUAAAUUCGAUAGAGCCGAGAUUGAGCGGUACAGAGCAGCCCAACUUCAAGCAGAACGGCUUUUAGAAGCGAGAGAACAGAGUCAUCGGCAGCAAGUUGCUAGAUUAGAGAAUCAGAUAACUUUACUUCGAGAUCAACUGAACCAAGAAAUUAAACGAAGACAACAAUACGUAAUGAGAAGCAGCAAGGCGGGCAGAGAAAUGCAACAAUUACGUCAAGCGUUAGGUGAUUCUUUGCGUACCGUAUCACAAGACCCCUCUUUGGAUGCCCUCCUUUUGGAACACGAGGCAAGGAAGCUAGAUAACACAUUAUCGAACACUGCCAGUUUACCCUCCUCAUUAGCUUUACCGUCUUCCUCGUAUCGAAGGUCGACAACACCACAACCAAAGUAG